AUGGCGCCCUCAGCUCUAGCAGAUAUCUGCCCAAUCCCAGCAAGGCACUACACAAAGUCUUCGACCGUCGUAGCGUCGGUCUUGCAUGGGCCAAGGGAUUUGCGGUUGGAAACUCGAACAAUCUCAGAUCCCGCCGCCAAUGAACUCCAGAUCGCUAUCAAAGCCACCGGGCUGUGCGGCAGUGAUUGCUCAUACUACAGCAAGUUCCGCAACGGCGAUCUGCAGGCUUGUGAGCCUUUAUCGCUAGGCCACGAGUCUGCUGGAGUUGUUGUGGCCAUCGGCAACAAUGUCACUGGCUACCAGAUUGGCGACCGUGUUGCACUCGAGGUUGGUGUGCCGUGUGAUAACUGCCGGUCAUGCCAGAGGGGCCGCUACAACCUCUGCCCUAAGAUGAGGUUCCGAAGUAGUGCCAAAUCUGUACCUCACUUUCAGGGGACCCUUCAGGAACGCAUCAACCAUCCUGCAAAAUGGUGCCACAAACUCCCUUCACACGUAUCCAUGGAGUCGGCUGCGCUUUUGGAGCCACUUUCGGUUGCGAUCCAUGCAACCAGGAGAGCUCAGAUUGAGCAGGGUGACACUGCAAUCGUCUUCGGCGCAGGUACUGUUGGUCUUCUGACUGCUGCCAUGGCCAAGGUGUCUGGUGCCACAACGGUUGUCAUUGCCGAUAUUGAUUAUGGACGCAUAAAUUAUGCUCUAGCGAACGGCUUCGCGAAUAAGGGUUACAUCGUGACUGCACAAGCACAAGCAACCGAAGGCGCGGAGCAGUUUGCUGCUGCAAAGGAGCUUGCUGCAGACAUUAUGCAGAUUGCGUCGCUGAACGAGAUUGACUUUGAAGGCGCCGAUGUGACGUUUGACUGUACUGGCAAGGAGGUGUGCAUGCAAGCCGGACUUUAUGCAACCAGACCCGGCGGCAAGCUGAUCAUGGUCGGCAUGGGCACACCGAUUCAAACUCUUCCCAUGUCAGCAUCACAUUUGAAAGAAGUUGACAUCAUCGGGAUUUUCCGAUACGCAAACACCUACCCAACAGGUAUCAAGAUCCUGUCCGCAGGUGUCCUCCCGAGCCUCGACAACAUGAUUACGCACAGAUACCAUGGCCUCGCUUCAACCAAAGAAGCUUUCGAGCUCGCCGGAAAGACCAUGGACAAGGACGGCAACUUGGUUGUCAAAGUCCUUGUUGAGAUGUAA